AUGAACUUUUCGGCUGAUUCUUCAAUUAAUCAACAUUAUAAAUCAUAUUCGUAUGAUAUUGGUUCUUUAAAAAGUAUUCACUCAAUUGAAACAUCAAUUGAUGAUUCUCAAAUGACACAAAAUCGUCCAAGUAUUGAUGAAGAAGAAAGAUCUUUUAUUGAUUCAACAUCCAAUGAUAAUCGAAAUGAACCAACAACAUUAAUAAAGGCAAUUCAAUCAAUGAUGGACAAUUUAAAACUUGAUUUUAAUAAACGUUUUAACAAUUUGGAUGAAAAAUUCUAA